GUUUUGAUGCACUAACGAAAAUUUCACGAGAAACAUCUUCAACUCAAUAAUCCACCUCCCUGAUAGAGCUCAUUCUCUCCGAUUUUGUUGCGGUGCACUUCAGCGCAGACAGAGUGAAGGCGAAGGUGAACGUAAAGUGUGUGUUUGUUUUGCCUGUUUACGACACCGAAAAUAUGUAUCAAUUCUCAGGAGUGUUGUAACGCGGUCCUGGUGGAACAUAAAGUUACCAGAGUUCUAAAGUUUGACACAGGCAGCAAAGUAAAAUUGUUGCACUUAACUGAGUAGUCAGUCAGUGAAAUUUGUGUUUUGAUUGGUUGAGUGAAACGAACAAAAAGUGCCACACAAUGAAACCCUCGGAUAAUGCAGCUGAUGUUCGCCGACCGAAGGAUGAUGGCAAUAAACCGGAGGAGGAAAGCUACCCACCUCUGGUUAGAAAUCUCAUUCUAAGGGCCAUGAGUGGCGUUUACCUGGUGGCUUUUUUAAGCUUUUAUGCUCAAGCUGAUGGAUUAUUCAGCAACAGCGGCAUUCUUCCGGCUAACCGCAUUCUGGCCAAUGGAACCAUCAACGAGCGGCUGAACUUUCUGCAGCUAGCUCCCCUGCUGGGACUGGACACGCAAUCCGCAAUCGAUCUGUUCUGCUUGGCCGGGUGUGUCGUCGCAUUCCUCGCGCUGGUAUUCGAAAACCUUUGCCGGCUGCCGUGCUUCAUAGCGAUGUGGGCUCUAUAUUUCUCGCUGGUUCAAAUAGCACAAAGCUUCCGCCAGCAGUCGGACGAACUGCUGCUGGAGGUGGGAUUUCUUUGCAUUUUGCUGGCUCCUUCCAAGCUGACCGAUCCGCGGGGUUUAAUCGAUGAUUUAGCACUGCUGCUGAUGAAAUGGCUUCUGUUCCGUUUCGUAUUCGCGUCCGGAUCGGUGAAAUUGGCCAGUGGAUGUCAAUAUUGGUGGGAUCUCACGGGAUUGAAGAGGCACUUCGAAACAAUGCCGCUGCCGACUUCCUACAGUUGGCUCACCUACCAACAGCCGGAUGGGUUGCAUAAGCUGAGCACAAUUUAUGUUUAUGUGAGCGAGUUGGUUUGCUCCUGGCUGUUCUUUGCUCCAAAUCAGAAAGUGCGACUGUUUGCCCUAUUGUGGCAGGUUUUCCUUCAUUUGAACAUCAUAGCGUGUGGAAAUUAUGGUUUUCUCAGCUUGAUUGUGUUGAUGUUACUGCUGGCACUCGUCGAUGACCGUGAGUUGGCGAAGAUAAUAAGAGGACGACAGACAGUAGACAGAACUGGGUCGUUAGCCGUGAAGGUGAUUGCAGUUUUAUUGGCCUUUGGAACUUGGUUGAUGUUUGGUAUUAGUUUUCGGGAUGGUAAAUUGGCGUUCAAGCUGCUGUUCAAUCACUCGCAGUACUUGACAAUAAUGCUGCUAAUGCUACGGGUGGCACCGCUUCUGAUUGUCGGUUGUAUGGCGCAAAAGUUCAUCGUAAUUGUUACCAGAGAGGCUGGCACAAAUAACUUGGCCGAAGCCAUACGAAAGCUAACAAAAAAUUGGGACCUUCUAAUACCUACACUGGCAGCUGGCGGUAUUUUUCUCGCUUCGAUCGUACCCCAUUUGCGGGUAUUCCCCUUCGAAACAGUUGACUCUUCGCUGAUUACAAAGCCAUACGAUAGUUUACACGGCCUGUACGUAGUCAAUCAGUAUGGACAACAUCUGGUGAAAAUGCGCCCCAAGCGGUUGGAAAUUAUCCUAGAGUACUCGAACGAUCUGACAGGUCCAUGGCAGGAGUAUGGCUUUCAGUACAAACCCUGGCAGGAGGAGGGCUCAAUGCCUUACGCUUGGGUUUACUUUCCACGGUUUGAUUUCAAGUUUUACGACGCAUCCGGUGCGAAGCCCAGUACCCAGAAAUGGAUGUAUCCGAUGGUCCAACGGUUGCUGCAAAAUGAACCGACCGUUUUACAGUUAUUUGAUCAACAGCACAUCCCCAGGAAGGCUCCCAAAUACGUGCGAGCAUCCGUGUACCAGUUCAGUUACACGCUGUGGUUCGCGGAAAACUGUACAAAUUUCUGGACGCGAAACCGCGAAGGCGAAUACUUUGCUGCUUUUUCGCUCGACGAUGGUUUUCUGGAAACGAAACUACGGGACGUAGGAGUGCCGCCCAUUGCAACACCUUCGGAAGCGCGCAAUCUUCCCCUUAAGUGGCUGCUGGAUGCGGUGAGAAACUUUCUCAGUUUCUUCGAAGGAUCCUAUCUCGUGCUGGGAGUGUUGGCAGCUGCAGUUGUAAUGAUAAUCACACAAAAGAAAGACUAAAGCCGCGCGGUGAAUUUUUAUUCGAUGCACAUACCGAUGCACACCUGAUACUUCUAUUAUAGUUAGUGUACUUAGCCAUGUUUAUCCGUACCGGAUGCAAUGUUGUUUAACGUCUGCUGUAUUUUAAUGAAUAAAAAAAAGUCAAUUAAAGUUGGGUACUAC